AUGGUAGAUUCGGAUACCGCAGUGCACCGCCUGGGGGCGCUGGAGGCAUUGCAAAACCAGGUCGGCCAUUCCCGGCGACAAAGGCCCCCGGAUCUGGACCGCUCGACCAGUGACGAGAACCGCAUACCUCUGAGACACGGCGCCGCAGAGAAGCUUAACAAGCGGGAAUCCAAGCUAGGACUGAGGGGCCUGUUCAGCCGCCACAAGAACCUCAGUGAAGCCGACGUGGGCACGUCCAAACCGGGCUCGUCGAGAUCCGCCGGCAUACGAGCCUCUCUUGCCGAGAUCAGCAACUGGCCCUACGGCUUCCAGUCCGCAAAGUCGGAUGUGGCGCUGGCCACGGCCGACACGAAUGCCGACGACAAGCUAAGUAGGCCUGCACCACCGCCACGAAGCAAGACGCCAACACCGGGCCUGAAACCAGCUCGUGCCUCGGUCGCGAACUGGGAUCCGCCGCCUCUGUUCAAGGCAUAUCCUCAGGCUAUCAAACAUGCGUCCUUGCCGGCAUGCACGACUUCGGCGGACACGCUCCUUCGUGCUCAUGGCCACAAAAGCAGCUUCUCGCUGAGAGACGGCCUGGCCUCGCCGGAGCCUAUGGAGGACUUUAUGAUGGACUACGACAAGUCCAAGAAGAAGCACAGGCGGAACAACAACUCCAUGUCCUCAAAGCUUGAAUGGACGACCAAACUAUACAUCCUCGUCACCUCUGGCUAUCUCCUCCAGUAUGCAGGGGAGGGCACCUUCGAUCGGCUUCCGGAGAAGAUCUUGCAGCUUGGCCGAGAAUCUGCCGCCUUCGCCAGUGAUCUAAUUCCAGGGAAACACUGGGUCUUACAGAUUUCUACGAAUAUGGAUCCCGACGGAACACAGACGGCGGACUCAAGAUCCUUGUUCACAAGGCUACCUUUCAAAGUCGGUGACCGGAGACAUGCCUCGAACUGCUUGAUGGUCUUUGAGAAUGCCGAGGACAUGGAAUCAUGGAUCGUCACCUUGCGCAGAGAAAUUGAGCACUUGGGAGGCAAGAGGAGUCUCUCGGAGACGGGCACGCCUAAAAUGGAAGCGCAAGCUCAACUCCGAUCUCAAGUCAGCCAGAGAACACUGGUUGUCCGGGACCCUGAUCGAUUCUCGCGCGUUCUCCCCUCGGAUGCGCCCUGGCAACAACUUUCAAGCCCGGUCGAAUCUCCGGUCGAGGCCGCGGAAAACGAAGGAGUUCUCGAUCAAACCUUUGAAGAUGUGUCGGCAACCAAUAGUAUGAUCUCACAGGACGGGCGACACCUCGAGAGUCUCCGAGAUAGUGCAGCUCGCCUGUCUUGCGUCUCAUCAGGGCAGAGGACGUUUGUGACGUCGGAGGGCUCUUCGCCGCCGUGCUCACCAAUGCGGAACAGCUUUGCGAGCUUUACCGACGAGUCGAUGCACCAUGACCUACCUCCCGAGGCACAAGCAAGGCCUCGGCCCAACGCUGCGGCCAUCCUGGACCGAAGACAGUCGAUGCGGACUGUGAACCCUCUAGUCGACUUUCGUAUUGCCUCAAACCCGCCGCCCCGGCCCCAGUCGACCUAUGCGGUGCAGGAACGAGACUUCGUUACUGGAACCACCCCGCAGACUACGCGUAAUUUCAGUGUCCCACAGGCAGUGAGUAAGCGGUAUUCGUUGAUCAAGUCUCCUCCUCUGGAACCAAUCGUCACAUCGCCGCCCGCACAUGGCAGGAUACCUCCUGCAAGGCCACCAAGGAGGCCACCACCUCCUUCACUAGGAUUCUCCCGGCCUCUCUCCAUCGUGGCCGAUCAGCCGUCGCCAGGAACGGCUUCGCCUACAUCUCCACGAGAGUUGAAUGGACUCUCUGACGACCUCAGCACCCCCGAAUCGGAAAUCUCGAAUGCUACGACGGUGUUUGCCGGUGCUACUGCCACCCGCGAUAACGACCUGGCUGCGAAACCGACAGAUCAACCAGCCACGAAGCCGAGGAGACCAUCGAGCUUGCAAACCCUGAGGCCUGUGGAUACAAAGGUACGAGUCGUACCCGAGCCCCAAAAGUCCGUUGCGCCCAGCCCGAUACCAAUCCCCAGGGCCCACCCGCGCAUCAUGCCCGACAUUGCGGAAGAACCCCCGCGAUGUCGGUCCUCGAUGGCCACGUACAGACCAGGAGGAGGCAGCAUGUCGCCUGUGCCUGCAAGCCCACGCGACGCCACGUACAAACGCUCGAGCAUGUUCGCACAUCCCUCUGAUUCGUUCGGUCUGUCACGGUCACAUCGGGACCUGAACCCCCGACUUGCGGCGUUUCCCCAGGUCGAACUCCCACUGCGGAACAGUCCACCCGCAUACGGCAGCGUGCCGAAACACGUCGGCAUUCAUCCGAGCCAUCAUCAGUUACAAGUGCAUGAGCAUGACAAGGGCCUGCUGAACCGGCGCAGCAUGUCACAGCUCGUGGAAGGGCCGCCGCCUGCGCCGCCACCGACCUGCGCCUUACCUCCUCUGCCUCCGAAGAUGGCUGACAUCAAUAAUGUCCGGUCAAGGGCAUGA